CAUUCCAAAGUUACUGUCUGCGUUGCGUUACUUUAUGUCUAGAUUAAUUUUUAUUUAAAUACGCGAAUUAUUAGAAAUUCAUGGUUUGCUUUGAAUUUUAUUAUGCAUCUCUUUUUACCGCUAAUUCAUCGAUUUGUAUUAAUUCCAAUUGUAAAACGAAGUCUAUGGUGAGAAACCGAGCACUCUUACCAUUCUGCAGCAAGAUUGAGAUUCCAUUCGCUACUAUUUUUACCGUAAAUGACGCUUCGGGCAUUUUAAAUACACUUUUUCUGCGUACAAAGGAUUAAAUAUUAACUAAAAAUAUUAUAAUUAAUACGUAUUCUAAAUCUCUUCAGUGGAUAAUUUUUUUACUGAUUACCGUCACGAUUAAAGGGGACUACAGUCAUUAUGUACGUUAUAUGUAGAUUAAUUAUAAAUUUUUGAUUUUUAAAUCAAUAAGACAUGAAAACUCAAAAAGUUUUCUGUUUAUUCGUACAUCUAAUCUGUAUCACUAUGUUGUGUCGCUAUCACAUGGUGCUUUCUAACGUAAGACCAUCUCUUUUGUAAAUACAUCGUACCUUGUCAGCUGAAACUAUGGUCAAUGUUUUCGGAAGAUGUAAUACAAUGUGAUCAUGUUCACAGCAAAGGUUAGAGAUAGCAACGAAUAAUGACAGUUGAAGUUUCUACGAUUUUAGGUUAUUUUCCUUGAUUUCAUUACUUUCUCGCAAAUGUCGCCUAAUAUCGUGAUCGUGAGUUUAUUUGAAGUUGAUAGACUACCUCGAUAUCAAUGAUUUUCAAUGCAAAAUAUUAUACUAUAAAACAGAAUCGAAGGUGAAAUGGACGAAGAAAAGUCAGAACAGUCCUUUAGGGAUGAAGUCUCGACAGAAAAUGUAGAUCAGGUUGAUUUCAACGUAAAUCAGAAUGUUCCACUUUCAAAAGUUGACGAUUCUCAAAAUCAACAAGACAUUGUAAUAAACGAGGAUGGGGAGCCAAUUCAGGAGAAACUCGCUCAAACUGAAACAACCUCAGUAUUAUUAAACAACAAUGAUCAAAAAGAAUAUAAUUCUUUGAUAGGUGAAAACAGUAUUAACUUGACCAUUAAAAAUUCUACUUCUUUAAGUAAUUUAUCAGAUAACGAACUUUCAAAAUGUGAAGUGUUACCUAAGGAUGUUGGUGUUCUACAAGAAGAGUCCUUGGUGAAAUCAUCUUCCUCUAAUGAUAUACCUUUAUCUAAUUCAUUUUCAUGUUCACCUACAAAUAUGCUUUCAAAUGAUACUGCAACAUCUAUAAUAUCAAGUGAUUGUGAAGAAGUAAAAUCAAUAUCAAAUAAUGAAGACGAAACAAUUUUUAAUACCAAACUAUGUAUAGACAGCGAUCAAACAAAGUCCUGUGAAGAAAAUAUAAUUCAGAAUUCUAUUAUAAAUGAAACACUAACGGAUAAUAUUAAUAAAACAGAAAUUUUGAGAAAUGUGAAAUAUGACAAAGUCUGUAAAAAAGAAGAACAAAAGACAUCUCAGCCAAUCAAGAAUAAUAGGUCACAAAGCAAUUUAAUAGUACGACCUACUUUAGCUGAUGAUAGCAAGUUGGUUAAAAUUUCACUGCCAACGAAUCCAAUUAACUUAAUGCAAUCGAAUGCUCAGUUCUUGAAUAAAAGUCGUAACUUUAUACACUUUAUUACGGAAAAGUCAACAAACAUAAUGGAGAAAGCACUAUUGCCACAACAUUUAACUGUAAAGUACAAUUCAGUAAUGAAGUCUAUAGAUAAUAAUUAUAAUGAGAAAAAAUAUAUAGAAGAACCUUGUAGCACAAAAUCCCCAUCAAUAGAACCAACAAAUGAUACCAAACCCAAUGUUAUAGGAAAGCCAAAAGAUAUAUCAGAUUCGUUCUGUAAUUCAAUGGAUGUGGAGAAUGCAGGGAAAGAAUUUACAUUAAAUUAUGAAUCCAAAAAUAAUUUCGUAAAAAGUCAAAAUGACGAUGUAUGCGUUAACACUGAAAAAUGUGAUCAAUCUACCAAUUCUCCAGUUAACGAUGAUAAACAAAUAAAACAGUAUUCUGUUAAUGGAAAAGGUAAUGUAGAAUCUGAUAAUGUAGUUUGCACUGAAGCAAAUGGGAAUUGCAAUGAGUACAUUAAUUUUGGAGUAUUAGAUUCUGAGAGUAAUAUUAUUGAAUCUGAAAAUUCCAAUCAGUGUUUGGUGAAACACCCAGCAUACUUUACUAUAUUGAAAGAUUAUGCAGAUCUCAAAACAAAGUACUUGAAGUUACAAGAAAAAACUGAAUAUUUGGAGGAAAGAAAUCGAACAUUAGAGACAGAAAAUAAGGGAGAGAUUCACGCUUCACAGAUUGGAACUUUGGAAAAGACAAUAAAUAGACUUACCUUUGAAUUACACACAUCGCUGGAGGCACAGGAAACUCUGAAAAAAGAAUACAAUGCUGCUAAUAAAGAAAGGGAGAGUAUGGUGAUGAAAUAUGCAGUUAGUGAGAAGCAACUAAUUGAUACACAAAGAGCAAGAGAAUAUGCAGAACGCAAAGCAAAAGAAAGUACAAAACAACAAGAACUGCUUCAAAAUAAAUUGCGGGAAAUGCAAGGAGAACGAACAAGAAUAUGCAAUAUCUUAGAUGGAAAGUGUCGCGAAGUGACUGAUCUUCAAAAGGAAGUUGAAAAAUUGAAAGAAGAUGUAAACAUGAGGGACAUAAAAUUGAAAUGGACACAGAACAAACUUAAAUCAGAAAUGGAUACACAGAAGGAAACACAGCAAAAGUUAGAUAAGGCUACGACUAGAAUCAAUGAGAUGAAGGAGGAAUGUGAUCUAGUACGCAAAGAAACACAAGAAACAAUGCGGAAAUUUCAAGAGUCAGAGGAAAACAAAGCUGUUACAUUGGAUCAACAAUUGAAAGAACAACAAGCACGUUUAAUAUUAGAAAGACAUGUUACAGAGGAUAAAGAAAUGUUGAGACUUCAGUUACAGAAGGAAGUGGAAACACUGAAGCACAGACAACAAGUUCUAAUCGAAGAAAACAAUACGCUUAGUUUAAAAAUACAGGAUGCUGAGAAGAAACGUUUAAAUUGUGAGAGUAAUCUAAGUAAUCUAAAGAUCGUAACAGAUCAGCGUCAGAAAGAGAUUGUAGAAUUGCACAGUAAAGUGUCAGAAUUGGAAGCGUUGAAAGUUCAAUUGCAACACAAGGAUCAGUGUUUGCAUUCAACCGAAGAAGAAAUCAAGCAUCUGCAAUUGGCCAAUGAAGAAUUACAAGCUGACAUGUCUGCAUGUCGCCAAAAGGAAUCUGAGAUGUUAGACUUUACACAAAAACUAACAGAUAAAAAUGUACGUCUUCAGUCCGAAUUUACGGCCACUGAAGCGAGGAUGAAGCAAUUGGAAAAGGAACAUGGACCGUUGCAUGAACGUAUUAAUUAUUUGAUGGAUAAAAUUAAAACUCUGGAGUUGAAUCUUGCAAAGGAACAGAAGACAAGGGAUGAAGAAUGUAAGAUCUUAGCUAUGCAUCUCGCCGAGCAAACACAAUUGGCACAAAAUCUUGCUCAGGAAUUAGAAGAUAGUCAAGGAGAGAACGCUGUAUUGAAAAGAAAACAGCAAUUAAGUAUGAAGGAAAUGACAAGAGAGCUACAACAGUAUAGAAAGAAACUCGAAGCGUAUGAAUCAUCGUCGCCUUAUAAUUCACUGGGAGCUACAUCCAGAGCUGGAUCAAAUAUUUCAUUGAAUACAGGAGAAACUGUAAACGGUGCCUUAUCUGAUAACAGUAUGAACGGAGAUCAGAACGUGCAGAUUAUGGAGCCUAGCAAACAAACAUUGAUAGAUCGUAUUGUAAAAUUGCAAGAAGAUAACGCUAAGAAAGAUGACAAAUUAGAGUUUUAUGAGGACCAUUGUCAACAUCUGGUAGAAGAGUUGCAGAAAAAGAGGAAGAUCAUACAAACUUAUAUUUUACAUGAAAAUCCUGGUGCCAUGGGUAGCAACGAACGAGAUAGAUGUAAGCAUAUCAAGAGUAGAAGAAGCGCGGCAGAAUUAGCAAAAUACGGAGGAAUAAUGGCCUCUGUUUACAACCAACGAGUUUCAGACGAAAAUAUGACUCUGGAGCUAUCAUUAGAAAUAAAUCAAAAACUACAAGUAUCCCUGGAAGAUAUAUUACUUAAAAAUAUUCUUCUAAAGGAUAGUAUUAAUACACUUGGUGAAGAGAUAGCUAGGCUAACAAUACAAAACCAACAAAGACAAAUUAUAAACUAAAGAUAUACAUUAAUGAGACACUUGUACUUACUGUGUAAAAAGAAUGAAGUAACAUGUGUGUAUAUUAAAAAUGUAAAUACACAUGUGUUAUUAUUUAUGAAAAUUUGCGGUACAGGAGUACUAUCAAUUUUAACAUUGCGUAUUGAAUAUACAAAAAAACAACUACAUUUUCAUUUUUUAAAAGAUAAGUAUUAAAUAUUUACCUCGAACAGAUAUGUUAACAGCUGCUUGGAUAGUAAUAUAUUUUUUUAAGUUAGAAGUGUCUAAAUGGGUAAAGCAAACUUCUACUUAUCUGUAUGUUACUUAUUGACAUAAGAGCUAAUAUUUAAUAUGUCUCUUAUUUUUAUUAUGUACACUUUGUGGCAAAGUUUUUUGAAUAGAAUCAUUAACACUUUUUAUACAUUCUUUUACUUUGUUUAGUUAGGUUUAACAAUUACUUUCUAAUCAGAACAUAUAAUAUAUAUGAUGUGAAGACUGUAUUUCACUAUCAGAAAAAGGAAAAUAUACAUUUAUCAUAUCUAGUCAAAAAGAAGAAGUCAAGAAAAAUGAAAUACGACCUAGAAAUUAUAUUUAAGAAUCAUUGGAAUCUGUUUAUUUAUUCUAAGAAAUAUAAAGUUUUAAAGGAACAUUCCAUUGAUGCAUUAUAAAUUUUCAAUAAACAAUAAGAACUUCAAAUAAGAUUUUGUUGGUAUCGUAUCUCAUGUAUAUACAACCUACAUUAAUGCAUAAGUGUCAAGGCAAAAUGUACCACUUACAAAGUGUGCGUAUUAUAAAUAUUCUAAAUAUUGUAAACCAUUGUAAAAAUAACAAAAAUUUUAUGC